AAAGUCGCCGCGCCGGCGCUCGUCCCGCCGGUCGGCGUGGCGAACAUCGGGCUCGACGGCAGGGGCACGCUCCGGGUCCAGAGCGGCGGCGCGUUCUCGACGACGUCGCUCGACGUCAAUGCCGGCAGCACCGUGGAGAUCGGCGGGGGCGCGGGGGUGGCCUCCGUCGUCUCUACCGACUCGAUGUACCUCAACGGCUUCACGAUCACGCACGGCCCGGGGCAUGUCUUCUCGGCGGACGGGUUCAUCGACUUCGAAGGCAGCAGUCAGUACAUCGUCGAUCUGCAAGCCGACACCCACACGACGCUCACAACGCCGGGGGGGAUCAACAACUUGCAGGGCUUACUCUCGAUUCAAACGUCGGCCGGCUACACGCCCACGGCGGGGGAUUCGUGGACGAUUCUCGACGGCGGCGCGAUCACCGGCGCGGGGUUCGUUGUCGAUACGGCGCUCUCGCCCGUCCCGGCGGGGCACGCUUACCGCACCCGGGUCAGCGAUGGCGGCAACGGCAAAGUUCUCGAACUCUCCUACGACCGUUACGCCUCGCUCGAGGUCAACACGAACACCGGCGCCGUCACGAUGAUGAAUGCGAGCGGGACCCCGAUCGACAUCAUCGGCUACUCGGUUCUGUCAGACAGCGGUGGGCUCAACCCGGCCGGUUGGACGAGUAUGACCGAGCAAUCGGUCGCCGGCUGGGAAGAGACGGCGCCGUCUCCGCAGUCGCUCAGUGAAUUGAACUCGCAAGGCUCGCUAGCCCUCACCGGCACGGCGAUCCAGCUGGGCAACGUCUAUGUCUCGCCGCAGGAGUUUGGCGCCGCCCCGAAUGAGGUGACGUUCGAAUACGCGGUGGACGGCGCGACAACGGCUGUGCAGGGUCUGGUCGAAUACACCGGCACGGCCGCCGCCAACAACCUCCUGCUCACAGUUGACCCCGUCACGGGCGACGCGCAGCUGCAGAACGGCUCGCGGUUCACCAUCGACCUAGUCGGUUACUCGAUACUCUCGGACUUCGGUUCGCUCGACGGCGACAAUUGGACAAGCCUCGAAUCGCAGGCCGUCGGCGAUUGGGACGAGGCCGCGCCCGCAGCCAACGCCAGCUUCGCGUUGUCCGAACUCGUGCCAGACGGCGUGGCGACGCUCUUCCCGGGUCAGGCGUUCUCGCUUGGGCAGAUGUUCUCGCUCGACGGGGUCCGUGAUCUCGAGUUGGAGUUCCUCCUUAUGGUCGAUGGCGUCGAAGAGGUACGCACCGGGGUCGUCGAGUACGGGCCGAUCCCCGAAAUCGUCAGCGUCCCCGGCGACUACAACAACGACGGCGUCGUCAACGCCGCGGACUACACCGUCUGGCGGGACAACCUCGGCCCCGGCAGUCUGCCGAACGAAGGCGGCAUCAGCCCCGGCGUGGUGGACCAAGCCGACUACGACUUUUGGGCGAGCCGCUAUGGCGCAACCGCGGCCACAUCGACGUCUAGCGCCGAGGCCGUCCCCGAGCCGACGGGCCUUGUGCUGCUGCUGGCCGGCGCCCUUGGACGGGCGACUGGCCAACGCCGACGCUAG